CAAUCACUAUCUGCUGCGGUCUCGCCGUGCUGCCCACAACAAUCUCCGACUUCGUCUUCUCUAUCAUCAUCGUCGUCGCUUCCUAAUUUAUCUCUCUUUCUCAAUUUAUCCCUAAUUUAUCAUAAAAACCAAAAAAAAAACCUCAAAAAUCUUCACUUUAGGUCUUUUUUUGUGUUCUUUCUUCUCUCAAAUCCCCCAAAACAUGGCUCAGGUUCAAGCUCCUUCUUCACAUUCUCCUCCUCCUUCGGUUAACGACGGGGCUGUGGCUUCUGCUACGGCUGGAAUCGGUGGCGGCGGCGGCGAUGGAGUCAAUCACGGUGCUCUCUGUUCUCUCUAUGUCGGAGAUCUGGAUUUCAAUGUUACGGAUUCUCAGCUUUAUGACUAUUUCACCGAGGUGUGUCAGGUCGUAUCUGUUCGUGUUUGCCGUGAUGCUGCUACCAAUACUUCUCUUGGCUAUGGUUAUGUCAACUACAGCAACAGCGAAGAUGCGGAAAAGGCAUUGCAAAAGCUGAACUACACUAGUCUCAAUGGCAAGAUGAUUCGGAUUACUUACUCUUCUCGUGACUCUUCUGCUCGUAGAAGUGGUGUUGGCAACUUAUUUGUCAAGAAUUUGGACAAGUCAGUUGAUAACAAAACUCUGCAUGAGGCGUUUUCCGGGUGUGGGACUAUUGUGUCCUGUAAGGUUGCUACCGAUCACAUGGGUCAGUCCAGAGGAUAUGGGUUUGUGCAGUUUGAUACUGAGGAUUCAGCUAAGAAUGCGAUUGAGAAGCUGAAUGGAAAAGUAUUGAAUGAUAAACAGAUUUUUGUUGGACCUUUUCUCCGUAAAGAGGAAAGAGAGUCUGCUGCUGAUAAGAUGAAGUUUACCAAUGUUUAUGUGAAGAACCUAUCGGAGUCGGCUACAGAUGAUGAGUUGAAGACUACUUUCGGUCAGUAUGGUAGUAUUUCGAGCGCAGUGGUUAUGAGGGAUGGAGAUGGGAAAUCCAGGUGUUUUGGAUUUGUCAACUUUGAGAAUCCCGAAGAUGCUGCUCGUGCUGUUGAAGCCCUCAAUGGGAAGAAGUUUGAUGACAAAGAGUGGUAUGUAGGUAAAGCUCAGAAGAAGUCUGAGAGGGAACUUGAAUUGAGCCGAAGAUAUGAACAAGGCUCAAGGGAUACAGGAAACAAAUUUGAUGGUUUGAAUUUAUAUGUUAAAAACCUUGAUGAUACCAUCACUGAUGAGAAGUUGCGCGAGUUGUUUGCUGAAUUUGGUACUAUAACUUCCUGCAAGGUUAUGAGGGACCCUAGUGGUACUAGCAAAGGAUCAGGAUUUGUUGCUUUCUCAGCUGCCAGUGAAGCUUCUAGAGUGCUGAAUGAAAUGAAUGGUAAAAUGGUUGGUGGCAAACCGUUGUAUGUUGCUCUUGCUCAGAGGAAAGAAGAAAGAAGGGCUAAGCUGCAGGCACAGUUUUCUCAGAUGAGACCUGCCUUUAUACCCGGUGUGGGUCCUCGGAUGCCAAUAUUUCCGGGUGGUGCUCCAGGUCUUGGACAACAGAUUUUUUACGGUCAAGGACCUCCACCAAUCAUCCCUCACCAGCCUGGAUUUGGAUAUCAGCCUCAGCUAGUUCCUGGAAUGAGGCCAGGCUUUUUCGGCCCAAUGAUGCAGCCAGGUCAGCAAGGUCCACGACCAGGUGGCAGACGGUCAGGUGAUGGACCUAUGCGCCAUCAGCAUCAGCAGCCAAUGCCUUAUAUGCAGCCACAGAUGAUGCCCAGAGGACGUGGGUACAGGUACCCUCCUGGUGGUAGAAAUAUGCCUGAUGGUCCAAUGCAAGGAGGAAUGGUUCAAGUUGCUUACGACAUGAAUGGAAUGCCUUUUGGUCAGCCAUUGUCCGCUAGUCAAUUAGCUUCUUCCCUUGCUAACUCAUCACCUGCUCAACAGAGAACACUUUUGGGUGAGAGUCUAUACCCAUUAGUGGACCAGAUAGAACACGAGAACGCUGCAAAAGUCACCGGUAUGCUUCUGGAAAUGGAUCAGACUGAAGUUUUGCAUCUGCUCGAGUCACCAGAAGCUUUGAAUGCUAAAGUUUCAGAGGCAUUAGAUGUGUUGAGAAACGUGAAUCAGCCACCAUCAACACAGGUGAGUGAAGGCAGCAAAAGUGGAAGCCCAAGUGAUCUGUUGGCUUCACUUUCAAUCAAUGAUCACUUAUAAGAAGCUUUUGUUUGAGUUUUUUUUUUUUUUACUUUUGACUCUCUCCUUCCCUCUCCCUUUCUCUGAUUGACAAAUUUUUGCGGGAAUCUAUUUGCUGUUUUAGACUUUUGCUUCCCUUAUGAUUUGCUUCUGUUUUGGUUUGUUACUUUUUUGGGUUGACUUAAAAAAGGAUGGUUUUUAUUUUUUUGGAUUAUAAUUUACUAUUGCAAGUCAA